UGAAAGAUGCACGGAGGAGAUGACGUGGGAAGAAAGUCGUUGAGCAAGUAUUCACACGUGUCCCCCAAACUACACACAUUAUCUCCUUCCUUUCUUGGGAAAGUCAAUCAAUUAAUCUGCUGGAAAACAAAAAAAUGAAGGGAAGCAAGAGGCCCAUCCACGCCGUCACCACAUGGGUUCGGCGCCAACCGCCCAAGAUGAAGGCCUUUCUCGCGGUGCUGUCCGGCCUGGCAGCCCUGCUCUUCCUCAGAAUCUUCGUUCACGACCACGACAGCCUCUUCGUCGCCGCCGAGCUUGUCCAUGCGUUAGGAAUCUCCGUCCUCAUUUACAAACUCACCAGGGAAAAAACCUGUGCCGGGCUUUCGCUUAAGUCGCAGGAGCUGACGGCUAUGUUUCUAGGUGUUAGACUUUAUUGCAGUUUUGUGAUGGAGUAUGAUAUACACACCCUACUCGAUAUGGCAACCUUGGUCACAACCCUUUGGGUUAUUUAUAUGAUACGCUUCAAAUUGAAAUCCAGUUAUAUGGAUGAUAAGGACAACCUUGCAAUGUACUAUGUGGUUAUACCUUGUGCCGUGCUGUCCUUGCUUAUUCAUCCAACAACCCGGCAUCAUCCACUUAAUAGGAUUCUCUGGGCAUUUUGUGUUUAUCUUGAAGCUGUUUCUGUUCUCCCUCAGCUGCGAGUCAUGCAGAACGCGAAGAUUGUUGAACCAUUCACAGCACACUAUGUUUUUGCCCUUGGAGUUGCAAGGUUCUUGAGUUGUGCACAUUGGGUCCUCCAGGUAUUAGAUACUCGUGGACAUCUACUGACUGCAUUGGGUUAUGGAUUGUGGCCUUUUAUGGUUCUUCUAUCAGAAAUUGUGCAAACUUUCAUUCUGGCAGAUUUUUGCUACUACUACGUCAAGAGUCUUGUUGGGGGACAACUUGUUCUUCGACUUCCUUCAGGAGUGGUGUAACUUAACAUUCAAGUAGGACGUUCCUUUAACAUGCAGCACUCAAGGAAGUCAGAGUAGCUAGUUAAUCUUUUGAUAUGUUAUGUAUCUAUCUGCGGUCAUUGAGUGAACAGUUCUCAACUGCGGUCUAACUUCCUAAAAUUUUAAUUUAUCUUUUGAUCAGUUCGGGUUAGUAUUGGUAGUUAGCAGAUAUCAAAAUAUCAAAUGAUCCUUUGGAUACGAGCAAAUGCCAGUUGACAAUUGAUGUUAAAAGAAAUCAAUUAUAACAAUUGGAGCCUUGUGGUGAUGGA